GAUCUUGAUCACAGUCAUGAUUUAAUCUGGCGUUUUCUAUUUUUUUUCUUUUUUUUCUUCAUUCCACUAUUUUUUCACUCUUUCACAGCCCAACGCAAAGUGCAAAAGUAGCUUUAAAGAAAAGCGAAAAAGAGGCCCUUUUCUUUUGCAAUUACCAAUAUACAGCCACAUUUCCCCUUUCCCCUUCACAUACAUACAUCCACAUUCUAAGCAAUGUCGGCUACAACAGCAGCAGGAUCAAAAUUGGCGUCAAAGGGGGCCGAGAAGAAGCGCGGCGGACGCAAAACCAAGGCCGAAUGGCGCAAGAAGAUCGACAUUGCCGAUGUCGAGGAGGGUCUGGAGGAGAUGCGCGAGGAAGAGCGCCAGGGCGGUGCAGUGGUUGAGAAGCGCCAGGACACCGACCUCUUUGUUGUCGAUGUUGCCGGUGACGAGAAGACCAAGGUCCAGCAAAGACAGAGGAAGAAGCUGCGCGUCGACGAGAUUCUAGACAGGAGGUCCAAGGUGCCUGCCGCCAUCAUCGGUACGCAGAUGAGCGAGGAGAGGCGGAAAAGGAAGGUUGCUAAUGAAAACAGAAACAUUCUCAAAAAGGUUGCCGGAUUUGUCGACGGUAAGAAGACGACACCGCACGGCCUCAAGACAAAGAGCGCAGCCGGGACAUAUGACAUCUGGGGUGUGCCCCCAGCUGCAGAGACGAAGUCCGUUGUCUCGCGGCAAAAGAUGGCCCACCUUGAAAUUAUGCCCGCCGUGGAGGUUGCGCACCCGGGCGCAUCGUACCGGCCGGAUGAGAAGCAGCACAAGGAGCUGAUCAACAAGGCUGGUGCGGAGUACGCCAUGAAGCUGCGCAAGAACGAAGAGCACAGUGAGUUCAAGAACUUUAGGGGUCUGCAGGCGACGGACGGGCUCAACGAGUGCGCUGCGAUCAUUGCCGAGGAGAUCAAGCAGGAGCGCGCCAAUCUCAUUGCCAGGAUGGAGUUGGCCCGAGCCAACCAAGAUUCUGACGACGAGGACGAGGAUGAGGAUAAGGCUGUCGCUGACGGUGUCGAGGACGACAAGACGAUUAUUGACAGCGACGAGGAGAUGGAGGUAGAGUUGCCCACAACCUCGAAGGACCCCAAGCGCAAGACCCGUGCCGACCGCAACCGCCAGCGGCGGUUGGGCAAGGAGAAGGCCGAGAAGUUUGAGGCCAAGGCGCUGAAGAAGAAGCUGAUCCAGGUGGACAAGGCCAAGUGGCUCAACAGGGUCGUUGACCAGGAGGCCAUUGAGGCCGAGGUGGUCGUGGAGCACAAGCGCAAGCUCGCUCAUGAAAAGUCCCUCAAGCCGCUGAAGAAGAUCGGCAAGUUCAAGGUGCCCCAGCUGCUUGAGGCUGUCAAGCUCACUGAGGAUCUGCCGGCAUCGUUGCGCCAGCUGCAGCCCGAGGGCAAUGGCUUCUCCGAGGUCUUCAACUCGCUGAUGAAGCGCAACCUUGUCGAGCCAGAGGUCGCCUUCAACCAGAAGGAGGCUAAGCUGAAGGUCAAGAUGACAGAAAAGUGGUCGUACAAGGAUUUCAAGUAACACUUUUCCAAAAAAAUUUACUCCAAUUAUAUCUCUUUUGUUCCGAUUCCUAAUCUGGAAAAUGAGAAAAAG